AUGGAUUUAGCAAACAAAAAUAAUAGAUUGAUUAUCUCUAGUGAUUUACCAGAAAAUCCGAUAGCCACUAAGAUGACAUUAAAAUAAGAUAAAACUUGUGGGGGUAGAUUAAGAUGGAAUUUGAUCAUAAACAUAGUAAUGAUUGCAAUGGCAGGCUUUCCUUUUUACCUUCCAUUAGUUGCUACUUUAGGGGUAAAUUUUUUUUAUGCUUCGUUAUGGAUUUUAUUUAUGUUUUUGGCUGCAAAUACAUAAUAAAAAAUAAAACUAACAAUGAAAAAGAUUUCUAAUCAUUCUGAAUAGCCUCCAAAUCCUACUCCAAUAUAAUUUAUUUUGUUGACAUUUAUAUACAAAGAACCUUUAGAAUUGUUAUUAAAGACUCUUCAAAAUAUUUAAUAGCAAAGAAUAGCCAAAGAGAUAAUUAUGGUUGUUUGUAUGGAAGAAAAAACACCAGACAAGGAUACUAAAAUUAAUACUGUUUUUGAAUAAUUUAAAGACUGUUUUGAUUAACUUAUAAUAACUAUACAUCCUUAUGGAACACCUGGUGAAAUACCAGGGAAAUGUUCAAAUAACAAUUAUGCAAUAAGAUCUGUUUUAGCUCAUUUAAAAAAAAAUAACCCUAAUUUGGACCCAAAUAAAUACUUUGUAACUAACUUUGAUGUUGAUACAAUCUUUCACAAAAACUUUCUUGAUAUUUAAAUGAUGAAUAUUCUUAAAGAGAAAGACAGAAAUAACUUUGUUUGGUAACCAGUUUUAUAUUAUAAUUGGGGACUUGAUAAACUUAGUUUUUUUACAAGAAUUACAGGAUUAGCAAGAAAUAUGUUAAUGAUGGGAGCCUUAAUUCCAUUAAACAUAAAUAUAAUGAGUGUUUAUACAGCUUCUUUAUAGUUAUAAAUAGAAGGUGAUUUUUGUCAUCCAACAUAUUAGAUGGAUGAUAUAAUCUGUUAUAUCAGAUGGCUUACAUUAAGUAAAAGAUCUCUAAAAAUAAAACCAAUAUAUUGUCCUACUAUUUCAGGACCUACAUCUGGUUCAAAUAUGUGGUAAGAGUUCAUUGAAUGGAUCAGAUAAAAUAAAAGAUGGAGUGUAGGAUCUGCUGAAGUUUUCCACUAUUUUGUUAUUAAAGCAUCAAGAAUCAAAUUUUGCUAAGCUUUUACAUGGGCUUGUAAUUAUCUAAAUUAUUAUGCAUCUUUUAUUUGUGUCUAAAGCUUAUUAUUAAUAACAACUACUUUUAGACUCUUUUUUAUGGAAUCUGAUCCUAAAUUAAAAUUAUACUUUUGUAUCCCUCUGAUUAUAGUAUAUAUAUGCCUAUUUUUAAUGAUAGUCAUGAAUAAAAUUGCAGUAAAAUAUCUUCUAAAAGAUAUUGUUGUAGAAAAUAUACCAAUCUGGAAAGAUUUUAUUCAUUGGAUUCUCAGUCUUAUAGUUAUGAUUGGAUACGGAUUAACAGUGUUUUAUGGAUUUUGGGAGAUUUUCUUUUGUGGUAAAGGAGUUUGUACUCAUGAACCUUCUAAGAAGAAAAUACUUGAUAAUAUUGUCUAACGCAGAGAUGAAACUGCCAUACAGAUACAUCAAUAGAGUAAGAAUACAUGA